UGCAACACUGCCUUUACAAAUCGUGUUUGUGUACGGAAUUUCUGGCGGUAGAACCAUUUCGAUUUAUAUUUUAAAUAAAAAUCUAAAUUAAAAUUGAUUAUAAUUCAAUACAAUUUUUCCAAAUCUAAUUCCCUGUAUACCUCAAUUCCAAAAACAGGUGUUAAUCUAAACAAAAUCAACACCUUAUUGAAGAAAAUCUAAAGCAAAAGAAAAGAAUUGGUUAACGGGAUAUAUUCAUUUUUAACCUCCAUUAUUACUUGAAAAACAAAUAAACGCAUUUAUUCUUCCGCAUUUAAUAUGAACUCUCCGGUUGUUACUCGCCGUGGAGCACAAAAAGCUAAAAUACAAACUAGAGCCAUGCUAAAAUCAGUCGAACAACGACGACCAAACGUAACGCUACAAGAAGCAAAGCGCAAAGCAAAAUUGCUUAAGAUGCAGGAACAAUCACAGCCAGAGGUUGUUGUUAAAGAUAUUUUCCAAAAUGCGAUGAGUGCAAUAAAUACCAUACAGGGUUAUACUGGAGUUAUUUAUGAUGAGUCGAUGUCAGAACACAAAUGCAUUUGGGAUAAAAAUCAUCCAGAAAGACCUGAGCGAUUCAUUAGAAUUAUAGAAAGAUGUAGGUCACUUGGUCUCUUUGAUCGGUGUCAAAGGAUACCCUCCCGAAGUGCUACAAAAGAUGAGAUCCUUCUAAGACACACUGAGGAGCAUUAUGAUCUUUUAAAAUCCACCGCUAACAUGAAAGAUGAUGAAAAACUUGAAGAUAUAAGUUCACAUUUUGACUCAAUUUACCUGCAUCCGACAACAUUUAACUUGUCACUCCUAGCCACUGGAUGUACAAUUGACUUGGUCGAAAAUGUUGUCAAUGGAAGUCUCCAAAAUGGAAUGGCAAUUAUAAGGCCACCAGGACAUCAUGCUAUGAAAGCUGAAUUCAAUGGUUAUUGUUUCUUCAACAAUGUAGCCAUUGCUGCACAAUAUGCAUUGGACGUUCUAAAACUUUCAAAAAUCCUUAUUGUCGAUUGGGAUAUACAUCACGGUCAAGGAACACAACGAUUCUAUUACAACGAUCCAAGAGUUCUUUACUUUUCCACUCAUCGAUAUGAUCAUGGAACCUUCUGGCCAAAUAUCCGAGAAUCAGAUUUUGAUGCAAUUGGCGAAGGUCCAGGCAUGGGAUACAAUUUUAAUCUUCCAUUAAAUCAACCAGGAAUGACAAACAGUGAUUACAUGGCGAUUUUUCAACAAAUAUUAAUUCCUGUUGCAAUUGAGUAUCAACCAGAGUUAAUAAUCAUAUCGGCGGGUUAUGAUGCGGCUUUAGGAUGCCCUGAAGGUGAAAUGGAAGUAACACCUGCAUUUUAUCCUCAUCUUCUCAAUCCACUCCUUAAGUUGGCACAAUCGAAAAUAGCUGUGAUUCUAGAAGGUGGCUAUUGUUUGGAAUCAUUGGCAGAAGGAGCUGCUCUCACCUUAAAAACAUUACUUGGUGACCCAUGUCCUCUAUUGGCAGAAGAUCUAACGCCACCAUGCGAAAGUGUUCAAGACACAAUUUUGAAUUGCAUUUAUGCUCACCGUCCGUUCUGGAGGUGCCUUCAAGUUCAACAAACGUACACAAUGGAAGAGCUCAAUAAUGUGAACCCACAACCAGAUUUACACAAAGUCAGUCGCGUUUUCAUCGGGGGUCCACCUUUGGAAGAUAAAUUUCCCACAAGAGAUUGUUAUCCUGUUCAAGAUCCAGAAACUAUACAAAAGCUAGACACUCGUUUACAAUGGCUUAAAUCAGUAACGAACCUUUCAGUUCCACCAAUCAGAGUUUGCUAUGUUUAUGAUGAUGUUAUGCUUGAACACCAGAAUAUGUUUGAAGAAGGUCAUCCCGAACAACCAAAACGAAUUAAGACAAUUCAUGACAUGCAUUUUGAUUAUGGUCUCUUGAAACGCAUGGAAAAACUGCAGUCGCGCCAUGCAACAACCGACGAAAUAUGCUUGUCUCAUACUCGAUCUCAUUUGAAUUCUAUGCGGCGUUCGAGUGCUAAGGAGGAACUUGCUGCAAUUGGUGAAAAAUACAAUUCGGUAUAUUUCCAUCCCAAGACUUUCGAAUGUGCUACUUUGGCUGCUGGUUCAGUAUUACAAGUAGUUGAUAGUGUUCUUAAAGGUCAAUCGCGAAGCGGAGUUUGCAUUGUUCGACCACCUGGUCAUCAUGCUGAGGCGGACGUACCAUUUGGUUUUUGUAUAUUUAACAAUAUAGCUAUAGCUGCACAAUAUGCUAUUCGUGAUCAUGGUUUAAAGAGAGUUCUUAUUGUCGAUUGGGAUGUCCACCACGGAAAUGGAACACAGCAUAUUUUUGAGAACAAUCCUAAUGUACUUUACAUAAGUGUGCAUAGGUAUGACAAUGCAACUUUCUUCCCUAAAAGCACAGAUGCUAAUUACGAUGUAGUGGGCAAAGGAGCCGCUGAAGGGUUCAAUGUGAAUAUUUCUUGGAAUAAAAAAGGAAUGGGUGAUGCUGAAUAUGUGCUUGCAUUCCAACAAUUAAUUAUGCCAAUUGCAUAUGAGUUCAAACCAGAACUUGUUUUAGUAUCAGCUGGUUUUGAUGCUGCUAUUGGUGAUCCUCUGGGCGGAUGUAAAGUAACUCCUGAAGCAUAUGGUUUAUUCACUCACUGGCUUUCGGCACUUGCAAAUGGACGUAUUGUUGUCUGUUUGGAAGGUGGCUACAAUGUGAAUUCCAUUUCAUAUGCAAUGACAAUGUGUACUAAGUCUUUGCUUGGUGAUCCAUUGCCGCCAAUAUGCACUCCAAACAUUUCUAGUAAACCUACUGUAGCCUAUAGUAGUUGUAUUGAAACAAUUCAAAGUUGCCUAACGGUGCAGCAACGCUAUUGGAAAAAUCUGAAGUUUAAUAAGAAACUACCUGAAUGCUCGGGCGAGAAUAAUAACGAGGAUUUUCUUUCUGCUACACUGAAAAAUUUGAAUAUUACUUCCGAUGAUGCUCAAGGAGCUGCAGGAGGUUCCGUUGGCAAAGCUCCUACUCCUCCACCUCCUCUUGUUGAAGAAGAACCACAGCCGGGACCCAGUAAACCAACUGAGAAGGUAAAAACAUUGAAGGAGUUUGUAAGUGAGAAUCUCGAGGCACUGCAAAAUGAAGAGAUGUUCGCGGUUGUGCCGUUAAAGACGUGUCCACAUUUAUCUCAAUUGUGUCCAAAGGACGUGCCAACAACAAUAGACGUAACUGCCCCAUGCAUUGAAUGUGCUUCAACUGUCGAAAAUUGGUUAUGCUUGAUUUGUGCCAAAACACUUUGCGGCCGUUAUGUUAUGGAACACAUGUUAUAUCACAAUUUAGAUAGCGGUCAUUCAUUAGCAUUAAGUUAUAGUGAUUUAUCCGUUUGGUGUUAUCCAUGCGAGUCUUACAUUGACAAUAGUAAACUGCAUGUUUAUAAAAAUUUAGCUCAUCGCAAUAAAUUUGGCGUUGAUAUGAUAUGGUCUUAUGAGAAUGAAGAAGCUGAUAACAGUGAUGAUGAUGUUGAUGGUGACAAAAUUAAUUAUAUCGUGUUACAAUCUAAAUGAUAUUUUCUUCGUUACAAUUAUUACUCUAAGUACAGAUUAUUUAAAAUAUUAAAAUAUUUAUCUAAGACAAUAUGUUUACUAUUCUAAUUUGUAUUUAAAUUUAUAUUAUUUGUUACAUAUUUAGGAGUGGGCAAAGUUUUUUUUUUUUGUAAGUUGCAGGACAUUCAUUUCUCUCAAUUUUGUAAUAAGGGUGAUGCGAAUAUGUGGUGUUUGGGAGAAAUAAGAAAUACAAAUUCGAUUAAACGAUACUUUUUGGUUAUGUUUUCAUUAUAUUUAAUUAUGAAAACUUUAUCAACGUUGAUAAUCGGUGUAUCGUCCCGUUUCUCCGUCAACCACGUAUCUACACAGAAAAUUUUGUUCUGUUCUUAAAAGAAAUAUACAUUUUUUUUUUAAAUUAAAAA